AUGGCGGAAAUUCUAUUUUUAGCCAUAUUAACAGCUAUUUAUGAAUAUUUUUCUACUUCCUUGUCAGCGGUGGUCACAUGGAAAAUUCAUGAGAGCUAUUGUUUAGCGCAUUUCUUCAGCUUUCAUUUAAGCCGUUUUGAAGAUGUGUACGGUAUGUAGAACAUAAAAUAUUGUACUUUUACUUGUCACGGAUUUGUUUCUCGGUUCGUGCUAAUUGAAAGUGAACAUUGUGUUAGAUAAGGAUUUUCUUUUAUUCAGAAAUUUACUGGAAAAUUUUAAAACCAUGGAUACCUAGUUAAGUUAUUAAAAUGAUAUUCUGAACGUAUCUGACUCGGGAUCUUUCUGCUCAUUUCUUAGGAAUUUGUACGGCGAAAAUCGUUUGUUUCAAUGCAGUAAUGGGGAGAAAAGGCAGGUAUAGGCCAAGGAGCAAUAAAGCUAUUUCGCGAGAUAGAUUUCCACUUGGAACUUUGUCCCAGAGACGAAAGCUGCUUCAAGAGGAAUAUCUCACAAAGUCAAAAUUAUUAAAACAAAAGAAUGGUCAACUGAAAAGGCUGAAAAGAAAAGUAAGUGUAGAGACAUGAGGCCCUUUAAGAAAUGUGACAUAUAUGUACCCAAUUGUAAUGUAUCUUCUACUGUCUUUCUGUAUUGGAUAUUUUUGCAAAUUAUAGGUAUUAAACAUUUGUUUAAGAGAUAAGAUUUUGUUUGCCUGGUCAAUCCUGCUUAUAUGAAUUGCCCUAGUAUGCCUAGUUGGGUUAACAAAAUUAUCUGUUGUUACUAUAAAUAAUUCUAUUAUAUUUGUGCAAUUGUAAAAAUGGUUUUCUUUUUUUGAAAGAUAUAUAUAUAUAUAUAUAUAAUUUCCCAUUCAACUCGACUGUGCCCUCAUUGUUAAAUGGAACAUUCAUGACUGUCAGCCGGUCACGGUUUAUAUCAAAUACUAAAUGGGCGGCAGUAUAUUGAUAUUUAGUAUUUGAUAAACUGUGACCAGCUGCUGGUCAUUGGUGUUCCUCAGGGAUCUAUUUUAGGACCUUUAUUAUUUCUCCUGUAUAUAAAUGACAUUCAAUAUUGCAGCGAACUUGUUUCCAUGGUAUUAUUUGCAGAUGAUACAAGUAUACUUCAUAGUCACACUUGCCUUAAGACUUUGAAUGAAAUAAUACAAACAGAAAUAAAUAAAAUCACAGAUUGGCUUAAUGUUGAUAAGUUAUCGAUUAAUACGAAAAAAACAAAAUUUGUUUUAUUCAAAUCUCCAAACAAAAGAACAAGUCAUGAUAUCAAACUUUCAAUGAAUAAUGACAAUAUUAAACAGGUCAAAAGUAUAACAUUCCUUGGGAUUGUGAUAGAUGAAUGUUUGACAUGGAAAUAUCAUAUAGAACUAGUUUCAAAAAAGAUUAUCAAAGCUACUGCAAUAAUUUCCAAAAUCCGAUACUUCACAAAUAUUAAUUCUCUAAAACUAAUUUAUUAUGCGUUAGUCUAUCCAUAUCUUAUCUAUGGUAACCUUAUUUGGGGGAAUACGUAUAAGACACGUAUUCAAAAACUUUUCACCAUUCAAAAGAAACUUGUAAGAUUGAUAACGUUUAGUUCUUAUUUUGAGCACACUGAUCCGAUAUUUAAGAAACUUAAGAUACUCAACAUCUACAAAAUAAAUGAGUAUUUAACUAGUUUAUUUAUGUUCAGAUACUACAAAGUACGAAAUUUACCAGAAAUUUUUGUAAUUAUUUUGUAUCCAACAACGAGAUAAAUCAUCACAAUACCAGAAAUGCAUCGCUCCUUCACAAGUCUUACAAAAGAACAAAUUACUCAAAACAUUCCCUAGCAAACAAAGGAAUCGAAAUUUGGAACUGUCUUGCAAAAGACUUCAAACAAAUAAAAUCACAUUUCGUCUUCAAACGAGAGGUAAAGAAACACUUUCUUCAUAUCUAAUUAACUACCGGAAGUUUAUAAAUUCUAUCAAACUAUAGGGCACAACAAAUCACCACACGCUUAUUUCUAUGAUUAUUGAUUACUAUGAAUAUCAAAUUGUAAUUGUAUUAUUAUAAUAUACCGUAUAUAUUCGCAAAAUUGACUACUGUAAUAAUUUGAUUUUGAACUGGUUUACUUAAUUAUUAAAAAACAAUUGUAAAUAUAUUUCUAGGGGUCUAAGUAAAAAAGCCAAAUGGUUUCAAAUAGACUCCUAGCCCUCUUCUUCCUUAAUAUUAGAAUUUUCAUGUAAAUAAAUAAAUAUUGGGCAAAAUCAAAUAAAUAAAUAAAAUAAUAUAGUCACUUCAUUCAAUAUUUCAGUUCAUGAAAAUAUUAUUACAACUCCACUCAUAUAUAAGCAAUCAUUAUAGAUUUGUUCACUAUAAUGUAUUACAUUUCUGUUUUUGUUAAUGUGGCUUUUGUAUUAAUAGGUUGAUCGUAUCAUAAAUGAAGUUAAUAACCUGAAAUUAGAUUUUGGUGAUGGAGUCUGUCCUAUGAGUAAUAGAAAAGUCCACAAAAGAAAAAGACACAAAAAUUAAGGAUACCAAUUCAGACCAAUAUGAAGUGCCUAUUGCUACUCGGUCUGGUCAAAGAAUAACAAAGGAAACAGUGAGUUUCUGUUCAAGUGUUCAUGGGGGAAGUGAUGAUGACAUGCAACCUACUCUGGAUGGCAUGUGGGUAACAUUAGUCAAUGUAGCUACACCAGCUGCAUUGAUUCACUAUAUGACAAAUUCACAAAAAUUGAUGAAGGGUUGUUCCUAAAGUAGUGAAAGACCACAACAAAGCAUUUGAAGACAGCUCUGCAAAUAGAAUUCAAAGUCUGAAUGUGCUUUAUUCCAGCAAGCCGCUGAGCAAAGAACAGUAUAAAAGCAUAUGCUCAAGUCUUGCAACACACUCCAGUAGCAAGAACAAUGCAAGAGCUGGUCUACAAUUUAUGCCCGAAACAAAUUUGCCAAAAUUGCUGAUCAAAUAUGUCAACUUAAUAGACAUUGGAAAUCUAAAGUAUAUUAAAGAGGAAUUAUGUGAUGAUUUGGAGGAUGAUAUGAAAGUUGAUGGUGCGUACAGAGAACUAGAAGAUUUUUUGAAAGAACUAGCUAGCAUGUACAUCAAAAUUGAUCAACAGCUUGGAGAGCUGAGCAGAGAAAUUGAUCAACGGCUUCAUCCAUUUUGGAAGUUAGCCAUACCACUUCAGAGUAGCCAUUGGGGCAGACGGUGCCCCUUUCAGCAAGGUUGAUGAGGCCACUGCUUGGCUCAUUUCUUUUUUUAAUGUUGGUGAUCAAAUUGCAAGCGAAAGUGAAUGUUUUCUCCUUGCAGGUGCUAACUGCAGUGAGUCACACAUUUCAAUGAUCAGAUAUUGUCAGACGUUAAUGGCAGAAAUUGGCAAUAUUGAAAACCAAGUUUACUAUUUGCCUGGUGAUGGUGGUCAGAAUUUCCAAGUGAAAUUACAUUUGACUUGGUACCAUCAGAUAUGA